AUGAAUCUGGCAAAUUACUCGUACUUCUCUGGCAUGUGCAACAUGACCGCCGAGAUGCAGCACUCCUCGCCCCCCGCCGAGGCGAGUCCCGUGGUCAUGUCCCCAGGUGUGUGCCUGGACUCUCCGCAGCCGCCUCCGGUGCUCCAGGCCCGGCCCAAGGACAACGGCGUGCUGAUCAAGUCGGAGCCGCGCGGCCACAGCCCGAACGCGGAGGAGGACGGAGGAGCCGCGGGACACACCGAGGAGCACCUGCCCACCGGGAGCCGGCGGAGGAAGAGGCCCGUCCAGAGGGGGAAGCCUCCCUACAGCUACAUCGCCCUCAUCGCCAUGGCCAUAGCCAACUCCCCCGAGAGGAAGCUCACCCUGGGGGGCAUUUAUAAGUUCAUCAUGGAGCGCUUUCCCUUCUACCGGGAGAACUCUAAAAAGUGGCAGAACUCCAUCCGCCACAACCUCACCCUCAACGACUGUUUCGUGAAGAUCCCCCGGGAGCCCGGCAGGCCGGGCAAGGGCAACUACUGGACCUUGGACCCCGCCGCCGAGGACAUGUUCGACAACGGCAGCUUCCUGCGGCGGCGGAAGAGAUUCAAGCGCACCGACGUGAGCACCUACCCGGGCUACAUGCAGAGCUCCAGCGCGUUCACCCCGACCCCGAUGGGCCGGCCCUCGUACCCCAACACCCUGUACGCGGGGAUAGGCUCCGGCUACGGCUCUCAGCUGACGGCCGCGUCCCCGCAUCCGGCCAUGCUGCAUCACUACCAGACCCCCGGCGGCGGCGGCGGAGGCGGCGGGGGGGGGCAGGGGCAGCCGCGCAGCAUGUUCAGCAUCGACAACCUCAUCAGCCAGCAGCAGCAUCAGCAGCAGCAGCAGACGGCGCAGGGCGGCGCGGGGGGGGACCUAAGCCCCCAGGCACUGGGGCUGGGGCUGCACUUGGGAGGCGACAUGGGCGCCAUGACCUCCGGCUGCUCGGUGGCCGGCAACGAGCCGCCGGGGUGCUUCCAGGGCCAGGCUGCGGUCAACCACCCGUCGGGGAACAUGCUGAGCAGAAGCAGCGGGAACCUGCCGUCCAACCUGGCGGCCGGGUACCCGUACUCCUCCUCGGGCUCCCCCCCGCACCUGUCCACCAUGGGGGGUCAGUCCGGGUUCUCCCCGGGGAGCUCUCAGGUGUACUGCUCCGGGAACCGGCUGUCCCUGCCGGCCCUUCGCCCGGGAUCCUGCGCCGAGCACACGGAUCAGCUGCUGGGCCUCCCCAGCCCCAUGAACUCGUACAACAACUCCUACAUGAGACAAGCUAACUUUGCAUCAGGGUUAGAGCGCUAUAUGUAA